CCCAGACACAGAGGGAGACGCCCGCUCCGAUUUCCUGGGACGCCCUGAGCCCAACCGAAGAAAACACUACGAAGAAACGGGUGUUUCACGAAAGGCUGCGGCCACUGAUAAGGAAGAUUUCAUUUAGAAACUUCCAUGUUUGGGGUUGGGCCAGAGCUAAGAAGGCGUCUCUUUCAAAAGACGUGCGGUGCUUCAGAGAAAAUAGAAAAGAUGAGGUCUAAGUGGAGGAAACACUCGCUAUCUCUGUGGCCGAGGAACCCGUGACCUCGAGAUACCCUGUGUCAUCACCCCAGAGAGCCUCUGGCCGUGACGCCACCUGAGACAACCUGGACCUGGAAAGACGGGCUUCUCGUGGGAGCAUCAGCUCCGGCUACGGAUGGGCUUGGCCCCGGCACACUCUUAUUUACACGGAAGGGUUUACGAUAAAAAUCAGAACCUGGCAAGUCGGCCCAAGCCUGGGCUGGCCACCGGCAGGUUCCAGAGCGGACCUGUGCACCGGUGGGACAGGCACCCUAUGGGAAGGAUUCGUUUCCUAUUACAAGAUAUUGAAUAGAGUUCCCUGUGCUACACGGCUGCCUGCAGCACAGCUGAGAAGCCAGGAGAGCUUGGGGCCCACCCCCAGGCCAGCUAGACCAGCACCAGGAGAGGCUGCCUGCAUCCCAGCUGGUGCCCGCCCUCCUGUGGGAGCUGCCUUGGCCAUGGCUUUCGUCUGGCUGGCGGUCUUCCUGGUGCCUGUCUCCGGCCUGCUGCCACCGGACCACGACCCUUACCCUAUAGACAUUUCCGAUCCAGACCCACCAAUUAAGAACCUAAGGAUGGAGCCAGAAAGAAAAAGAUUGACCUGGGACCUCCAUGGAAACGUUUCCGAAAUUAUGUGUUUCAUCAAUUCAAAAGCUUUCGCUAAGGCACGGAAAAGGACGUAUUGCAAUAUUUCUGACUUGUCAUGCCAAGCUACAAACUACAGCAUCAGGGUGACCAAAGGUCAGCCAUUCUCCACGUGGAUUCAGUAUCCUAGUCAAGAAGGGAAUCCCAGGGCGGCUGCAGAAAACCUGACCUGCUGGGUUCACGACGUGGAUUUCCUGACGUGCAGCUGGGCGGUGGGCCGGGAGGCCCCGAGGGACGUGCAGUACCAUCUCUACCUGGAGAACCUGGACUCCUAUGAGAAGUGGCCGUGCUCCCAGUACAGAGCAGACGAGCAAGGGACACACGUCCAGUGCCGUUUUCACAACAUCUCUGUGUUAUCCAAGGAUCUGACGCGUUUCCUGGUGAAUGGUACCGGCAGCGGUUCCAAAAUUCCCUGCUCUGAGACGAGUGAUAGACUAGCCAAAAUCGAGGUAUUAGCUGCUCCCAACAUCACUAGCAGGUGGUGUAACCAAAGCUACUCGUUCAUGCAGUGGCAAGUGAGGAGUCACCUUAAUGAUGACUUCAAGUAUGAACUGCAGAUACAGAAGGGUACGGAGCUCGCCUACAAACAGGAGACCUAUGAAGCCUUCUUGGAGCUGAACAAUCCUGGGACCUACACGGUGCAAGUGAGGGCGAGGGAUGCCACCUUCUCCCAUUACAAACCGUGGGGUCCGUGGAGUGUCCCCCAACACUUCGUGUGUGAGGAGGGCGCGCGCCUCCCCGUCUGGCUGACGUCUUUGCUGAUCGCCCUGGGGACGCUGCUGGCUAUGGGGCUCGUGCUCCGGUUUUGCAGGUUCUCGGUGAUGCAGAAGCUGUUCCCUCCCAUCCCUCACAUGAAAGACCAUAUCAAUGGCAAACUUCAGAACGGAAGGACGAUGACCUGGGACCCCGACCAAGACAGCCAGGAGGAGUGUCCAGUGGCCGAGGUGCAGGUUCUGGGGGAAACAUGAAGCUGGUGCAGAGGCCCGGUUUUCCGCCAGGCAGAGGGCGCACAGCCUGCUCAUGGCAGGUCGUGGAUGUUUCAAGCGGGGUCAGGGAUGGAAAAGCCCGGUGCAGUUGACACGGGGUCACCUCGAGGAAGAAAGAACAAAACAUGUGUUGGGCUCAUGUCUCA